GAGUGCGAGCGGGGAGCGCAGUCGGAGAGAGGCGGCCAGCGAGUGGCGAGGCGCCUGCGCGGUGUCCGGGCCCCUGAGCCCGCGGCGCUGAGCCAGCCGGGACGGACAUGCGCGGGAGGGCGCCGUGGGGCAGCCGCGGCUCAGCAGGGGGAAUGCAAGCUACUGGUUGACAACAGAUCCCUAGGCCUCACAAGUGUGGAGACCUCCCAGAGUAAGACACCAUGUCCACGGCAGGAGUUGCUGCUCAGGAGAUUAGAGUCCCGUUAAAAACUGGAUUUCUGCAUGAUGGCCAAGCCAUGAGGACCGUGAGGACCUGCUGGGGCGGCCGCAGUGAGUUUGAAAAUCACUUUUUGAACAUUGACCCAAUCACCAUGGCCUACAGCCUCAACUCUACGGCUCAGGAGCACCUAACAUCUCUUGGGCGUGCGGCGACAUCUGGUCCGAAGAACGGCAGCCACUUUGCAGAAAACGGCCCCGCUCAGAAGCCCAGCCUGGCCCCUCUUAUCAUUCCCCCGGGCGAAGACUCGGGGCAGCGUGAAGAGGAGCGAGUCGUGUGUGGUUUUAAGAAACUGUCAGUGAACGGGGUCUGUGCUUCUCCUCCUCCGCUCACCCCCAUAAAGAACCCCCCGUCCCCCUUCCCCUGCGCGGCUGUCUGUGAGCGGGGCUCCAGGCCCCUCCCGCCGCUGCCCAUCUCAGAAGACCUCUCUCUGGACGAGACAGACUGCGAGGUAGAAUUCCUCACCAGCUCAGACACGGACUUCCUCUUAGAAGACUGUACGCUCUCUGGCUUCAAAUAUGAUGUUCCCGGCAGGCGAAGCUUCCGUGGGUGUGGACAGAUCAACUACGCAUAUUUCGAUACCCCGGCUGUCUCUGCAGCAGAUCUCAGCCAGGCCCCUGACCAAAAUGGAGGGGUGCAGAAUUCUAAUCCUCCUCCACCUCAGACCCACCGAAGACUAAGAAGGUCUCAUUCAGGACCAGCUGGAUCCUUUAAUAAGCCAGCCAUAAGGAUAUCCAGCUACAUACACAGAGCUUCUCCGAACUCCGAUGAAGACAAACCUGAGGUGCCCCCCAGGGUCCCCAUACCUCCGAGGCCAGUGAAGCCAGAUUAUAGAAGGUGGUCAGCAGAAGUUACUUCGAGCACCUACAGUGAUGAAGAUAGGCCUCCCAAAGUACCACCCAGAGAACCUUUAUCCCGGAGUAACUCCCGCACACCCAGCCCCAAAAGCCUCCCGUCUUACCUCAAUGGGGUCAUGCCCCCUACGCAGAGCUUUGCCCCUGAUCCCAAGUACGUCAGCAGCAAAGCCCUGCAAAGACAGAACAGCGAAGGAUCUGCCAAUAAGGUUCCUUGCAUUCUGCCCAUUAUUGAAAAUGGGAAGAAGGUUAGCUCGACACAUUAUUACCUACUACCUGAGAGACCACCGUACCUGGACAAAUACGAAAAGUUCUUUCGGGAAGCAGAAGAAACAAACUCAAGCACCCAAACCCAGCCCCUGUGUGCUGACCGCAGUGCCGUCUCAGCCGCAGACAAGCUGGACUCGAAAACAAAACUGGAUCCAGGUGGCCAUGUGAAGCGCAAACAUCUGUCCUAUGUGGUUUCUCCUUAGGCUCUGGGGUCGCGCGGUUCAGCAGGGGCUCCCUGGGAGCAAAUGGUUCUCAGGCCACUUCCCCAUUCGGUUGCAGUUCACAGGGAAAUGUUUCAGAUUGCAGCAUAAAAGAGUCGAACCCUCCAUGUUAGAGAGAGAGAGGGUCAGCAGCCGUGGGGCACGCUCGUGCUGAGAAGCCCUGAUUUUGUUGGCGUUGGAGAAAAGUCUGUUUCAGCCCGGAAUGUAAAGCUGGGCAGGUGGGGAGGGAAGGCUGGGGAACCUCUGACAUGUGUAUACGUUAGAGACCUGUAGAAGCCUGUGGGGCAACCUCAGGCCAUAGUCGCAGGGUAACCAGAUAGUUGCUACCUUAGAGUAACAUGUAUUCAGAAUGAUAAUACAAGCUGGAGGACGACUCCUGACCGAAAAUUGAGCAAAUGGAAGAAAACACAGUAUUGUUUAGAUCGGAAUCAUAAAACAAAACAAAAAACCCGUUUUUGCUUAGUUGGAAAGGGUCUGGCUCUCGGGCCCAUGAAGUUCUUCUGUCUCCUUUAUUUCUGCAAGCAGUCUGUGCCCCCAGGGGCAGGGCGCACGUCCGUCUGUCCGUCCGUCCCGUGGCUCCACCUGCCCAGUUCACAAAUCUCCCCGAGGCCUGGGUCCCUCCAGGUUUUGCUCCUGCUCUGAUGAGGGGAGGUUGGCAGUGCGCUGGGCAGCCGGCUUCCCCCCUGUGCACGCGUGUCUCACACCUCGAGAAGUGAGAAGAUCCCAGAAUCCGUAAGCCAUUUUUCCUGACAAUUCUGCUCCGUUCUGCCCGCUAACAUGGCCCGUUGUGGUGCAGGCCUCGCAGCCGCAAUGGGAGGGCACGUUCGACUCCCGCGGGAAAGCAGACCGUUCGCCCGUGUUCGUGAUGUCAGUUCUACGCAAUCGAGAAACAGCCGUGUGACUGAGAGUCACUGGGGGGCGUGUGUUGGGUUUUUGUGUUGGGUUUUUUUGGGUUUUUUUGUUUUGUUUUGUUUUUAGACUGUAUUAAUAAACAAAUACAACACAAGCUGGCCUUGUGUUGCUGGUUCCUAUUCAGUAUUUCCCCGGGAUUGUUUGCUUUUUAAGUAAAACACUUCUGACCAAUAGAGCAGUAUGUCUUAAUAGCACAGGUCACAUCAGCAUCUUCCUGCUUUUGAGACUCUCCCGGCUGGCUGCUUCACCUGGAUUCAGUGAGACCCACAGCAUGCGCUGGGGUUUCCACGUGCUUCGAUGUAUGGAUCUUGUAUAGAUAAGCACAAAGGAGAAGGUGCUCACUAACAGAGGUACAUUACUACAAUGUUCUCUUAACAGUUAAACAAGCUGUUUACAGUUUAAACUGCUGAAUGAUAUUAUUUGAGCUAUUUAAAGCUUAUAUUUUAGUAUGAACUAAAUGAAGGGUAAGACAUGCUUUAGAAAAAUGCACUGAUUUCUGCAUUAUGUGUACAGUGUUGGACAAAGGAUUUUAUUCAUUUUUGUUGCAUUAUUUUGAAUAUUGUCUUUUCAUUUUAAUAAAGUUAUAAUACUAUUUAUGA